AUGAAGCACCUCCUCCUCCCCUCCCCUCUCCCACUCCUCCUCCACCGCCCUUCCAAGCCCCAUCUCCUCCACCCUCGCCGCCGCCUCGUCUCCAUCCGCAACGCCGCAUCCGGCGGCAGCUCCGGCGAACCCACCCCCGCCGCGGAUACGGCCACCGGGGCGUCACCGCCGGCCGCUGCCACUGCCACUGCCAAGCCUGCCGGCGUCAAGGACCGCCUCAAGGCGAGGAACCAGGCCCGCCGGGUCCAGCUGGACUCCCCACCGCCGGAGGUGGUGGUGGCGCCCAAGAGGAAGCCCGCCGCGUCGUCGUCAUCUCCUGCGCCGAAGAAGAAGGAGAGGCGGAAGGAGUGGGAGGAGAUGAGCGUGAGCGAGAAGGCCGCGGAGCUGUACGUCGGGGAGAAGGGCCUGCUCUUCUGGCUCAACAAGUUCGCCUACGCCUCCAUCUUCAUCAUCGUCGGCGCCUGGGUCCUGUUCCGCUUCGUCGGCCCCUCGCUCGGCCUCUACCAGCUCGACGCCCCGCCGCUGCCGCCCACUGCCGUGUUCGGCGGCUCGCCGUGA